GAAAACAAGUAUUAACUUAUUAAUGAAAUAAAAAACUGUCCAUCUAUCUAUAUAAUUUUAUAUUAUAAUCACGAAAUAAUAAACUAGGAUCCUAAAAUAAGAGAUCAAAAUGAAGUAUUCGACGUCGCCUACUCCAAAUCUUCAUAACUAUCCUAGGAGCACUUCACCCCUGCCAGCCCCGGCUAAUUAUCAGCCAACAACAGCUAGCGCUUCAGUAAAACGCUACAAAUACCUCAAGAGACUGUUCAAAUUUAAUCAAAUGGACUUCGAAUUCGCCGCUUGGCAAAUGGUUUACUUGUUCAUUGCCCCUCAGAAAGUAUUCCGAAACUUUAACUAUAGGAAGCAUACAAAAUCACAGUUUGCGAGAGACGACCCUGCAUUCUUAGUGUUGCUCAGCAUCUGGUUAUUUUUGUCGUCAAUAUGUUUCGGAUUGGCACUAGACCUGACUGUGGGCAAAGUUGCAUUAUUCAUGCUGUUUGUGGUGUUCGUUGAUUUCAUCGGAGCAGGAAUACUGGUCUCCACAUUAUUUUGGUACCUGAGCAACAAGCACCUGCGCCGCGACCCCGAGGGUCCGGACGUGGAGUGGGGCUACGCCUUCGACGUGCACAUCAACGCGUUUUUCCCGCCGCUCUCGCUGCUGCACUGCUUCCAAAUCGUACUAUUCAACAGUAUAUUGUCUCAAGCGGGCUUCGUCUCGUGUCUGGUCUCAAACACCUUCUGGCUCGCCUCGAUCAUAUACUACAUGUACAUUUCCUUCCUGGGAUACAGCAACCUGCCGUUCCUGCAAAACACGAGGGUGUUCCUGCUGCCGCUGCCCGUGCUAUUCGUGGUCUACCUGGCCACCCUGCUGGCCGGCUGGAACCUCAGCGAGCUGCUCAUGUACUUCUAUAGGUACAGGGUGUUGUAGUUACACCUUGGAUGAUAUGAAUAAAAACUGUAAGCAAUAAAAUGCCUGUUUGUAAGCGUCGCUAGGCUAGUCAGUGCGUCACCCGCUACUGUUGUCGUCGCCUAAACACAGUUGUGGAAAUAUAACAUGUAUCUACCUAAUACCCCAACCAGGACGCCCAAAAUAAAGUAAUUUAAUUUUUUUUAUCGUGAAUCUGUUUAAGCGGUUUCCUCUAAUUUUCACUCCUAAAGCCAACGACCCUCAUCAUAACGAUCUAAAUCUAACAAUAAUACUGUGCUACUACAGUAAUCCCCUAUUAUAACGCGGAAGAUUCGUCCCGCGUUGUGGGAGCUUUAUCGUACAACGCGCUCGUAGGACCUUCUCGGUUCGCUUCUGUCGUUAUUUCUACUUUACGAUAUAAUGGGUAAACAAUAACCUU